AGGAGGGGUCCGACCAGGGGGGCCUUCUCUGUGUUUGCGCCCGUUGGACGCUUGGGGGCGCCAGAGAUAGGGGUUCCAUGUCCCGGAGCGUGCCUCCUCCUCGUCGGGGGCGGGGGCGAGAGUGAAUCAGCCUGGCACUAGAUAACCGGGGGAUCCCGGCAGCCCCAGGGAGAGGGAGGCAAUGCCCACACCCGGGCCUGAGGUCGUUGGGCCGCCAGUGGACACGUAUUGCAUGCCACAGGCCAGACGAGCAGCGCUAAGGGCGCGUCAGUCCCCUGGGUCCCCAUCAAGUGUCCCCAUCAAGUGUUCACGCAUCCGUGGGAGAUGCUGCCCGCCUCGGCCUGUCCGGCUUCUGACUCACCAUACUGGUGAGCACAUAACUGGAAUCCUACACUCCACCCUCAGCUCCACCCCUCUGGCGGUUGUCGGGAAGCCUAAGCCUUACAGAGGGUUGCAGAGGGGCCCUGGAACAAGGACUACCAGGAAGUCCUGAUGCCAGGCGGGGUAACCCACCUCUGCCAGGUCCCUGCUUCUCUUAGGUGAGUGCCCUAUGGCCUGCUCACAGCCCUCCACAGGGCAGGGCUGGGUGGGACUGGCCCUUGACCUCUGGCAGUACAAGGCUAGUUGUCUGGGACCCUGGCUGGCACCCUAGAACUCUUGAGUGCCUUGGGAAAGGUUUCUACACCACUAGGUCCCAAGCUCUUGGGGGAUAGGUCUGGCCCAGGAGUGCUGCCCCCCGGGACAGCUGCCCACUCUCCUCCAUAGCUGGGGUGACUCAACCCAGCAACCAUGCCAGGUCCGAGUUAACUGAGAGGGGGAGGAGCAGGCAGUACCCAGAGAGUGCUCUGGAGGGAGGAGGAGCCCAGAAGUGGUGGGGGAGAUUCUCCUUUCACUUUCCCUACCACUUCUGGACACACUGGAGAGCUAGAGAAGGUAGGGAACCACUCUUCCUUGACCCGAGUUGGCAGACUGGACAGGGUCAUGGUCUGGCCGCUGUGACUGGGGAAAGGGGUAUAUCUGGGGUGCAGAGAGCCAGUUUUGGUCUGGGGCUGGGAAUGGGGAAGUGGAGGCAGGCGGAGGCAGUGGGAGGUCACCAAAGGGCAAACCUAGGGUACAGCCAUUUGUGCUGUGCCAGCCAGGUGGGGUGCAGAAGCUGUGGAGGCCUAAGGGCCCCCACAGUGCCCCAGAACAGCCAUGGCUCCAAAGCGCAAGCCCCCUGUGCAGCGUGAGGGCCCUGAGAAGAAGAAACAGGGGUCAGAGGAGGACAGCUUCCACUCCACUGCCAAGGCCCUCAGAGCUGCACCCACAGAGAAGUGCACAGUCUGAGUGGACCCUGCAUGCCCACUCAGCUGCAGCCCUGGGACCCAGGUGCAUGAAGACUACGACUGCACCCUGAACCAGACCAACAUCGGGCGCAAUAACAACAAGUUCUACAUCAUCCAGCUGCUGAAAGACGGUGACCGCUUCGUCUGCGGGAACCGCUGGGGCCAUGUGGGAGAGGUGGGCCAGUCAAAGCUCAACUACUUCGUGUUACUGGAGAAUGCAAAGAAGAACUUUGAGAAGAAAUUUCGAGACAAGACCAAGAACAACUGGGCGGAGCGGGACCACUUUGUGGCCCAUCCCGGCAAGUACACACUUAUCGAAGUACAGGGAGAGGACGAGACCCGGGAAGCCGUGGUGAAGGUGGACGGAGGCCCAGUGAGGACCGUGGUUCAGCGGGUGUGGCACUGCUCCCUGGAUGCAGCCACACAGAAGCUCAUCACCAAUAUCUUCAGCAAGGAUAUGUUCAAUAAUGCCAUGGCCCUCAUGAACCCAAAUGUGAAGAAGAUGCCCCUGGGAAAGUUGAGCAAGCAGCAGAUUGCACGGGGCUUCGAGGCUUUGGAGGCACUGGAGGUGGCCCUGAAAGCCCCCACAGAUGGUGGUUUCAUCCUGGAGGAGCUGUCCUCCCGCUUCUACACUGUCAUUCCCCACAACUUCGGCCGCAACCGGCCCCUGCCCAUCAACUCCCCUGAGCUUCUGCAGGCCAAGAAGGACAUGCUGCUGGUGCUGGCAGACAUCGAGCUGGCCCAGACCCUGCAGGCAGCCCCUAAGGAGGAGAAGGUGGAGGAGGUGCCACACCCACUGGACCGAGAUUACCAGCUCCUCAAGUGCCAGCUCCAGCUGCUGGAUGGAGAGGCACCUGAGUACAAGGUGAUACACACCUACUUGAAGCAGACCAGCAACAACUACAGGUGCCCUGCUCUUCAGCAUGUUUGGAAAGUGAACUGAGAAGGGGAGGGAGAUAGGUUCCAGGCCCACUCCACGCUGGGUAAUCGGAGGCUACUGUGGCAUGGCACCAACGUGGCUGUGGUGGCCGCCAUCCUCACCAGCGGGCUCCGCAUCAUGCCGCAUUCUGGUGGCCGCCUUGGCAAGGGCAUCUACUUCACCUCGGAGAACAGUAAGUCAGCUGGCUAUGUUACUGGCAUGCACUGCGGGGCCCACGACAUCGGCUACAUGUUCCUGAGUGAGGUGGCACUGGGCAGAGAGCACCGUGUCACCACCGAUGAGCCUAGCUUAAAGCAGCCACCUCCUUGCUUCGACAGUGUCAUUGCCCAAGGCUGCACAGAACCCGAUCCAACCCAGGACACCAAGCUGGAGCUGGAUGGCCAGCAAGUGGUGGUGCCCCAGGGCCGGCCAAUGUUCUGCCCAGAGUUCCGCUGCUCCAGCUUCUCCCAGAGUGAGUAUCUCAUCUACCAGGAGAGCCAGUGCUGCCUGCGCUACCUGCUGGAGCUUCGCCUCUGAGCUGUCCGCCGGCCUCCCGUCAUUCUCAGUCUUCCUGCCCAUCCCUGGUGCCCCCAUAUCACCCGUUCUUGCUCCCAAAUCUCCCUCCUGUGUCCCAGACAGUGAUCCGACCUCCCUCCAAUCCUUGUUAGUCCUGGUGUGGCUGUGGCCCCAGCCUCGCCCACCUCCAAAGGUGAUGGGCAUGAUGUACCAGCGUUGUUACUGGGACACAGAUACAGUAGCCUAUUCAAGGCUGUUUAGUUAGAGGGGCACAGGCUGAGGGUGGGCGGGAUCCCACAUCCACCUAGGCCAUCCAGAUUUGCCCAGACUGUCCAUCUGAGAGGUGUGAUCACCAAGGUAGGCUGAACUUCAGGCAUGCACA